AAAAAAAAAAAAAAAAAAGAAGAAGCAAGUUAGCAAGUAUGGCGACUAAUGGUAAUUCGAACAGUCUCAGUACGCAAUUCGACGUCGGAAAUCUAUCGCUGAAAAGUCUGUCCGCUGUCCAAGAUCUGCUCGCGAUCAUAUCUGCCGAUAAUGUUACGCCGGUGGCGUUGACGCAGAUGGAAGCAAUCGGCAGUCUUUUCCUCAUUAGCGGCCCGUAUGCAGCAAAAACCCCCGACUGUCUUCAGCGCUGCUCCUCAGUUCGGCUCGACCGUCUAUCUCUCGCCGUAGGCUGGAGGAAGAACGAUGCAGCAUCGCUCAUGGCCAAUACUGCUGGUGGUCAAGCAGCAGCAUUGUUGUGCUUGGGCAUAUUCUCGAUUUUUUACAGCAGCGGGGGCUUAGUACUUCUGCUACUGUCGCGGAAGCUUCUACCAGCGACAAGUGUCCUUGCAAGUCCAAAACAGCUUGACCAGGCAGGCAGCUUGCUCAAAGAAAAAAUGUCUUGCUUGGGAUUUGGCAAUCUGCUUGCCUCCCAGGUACAUCGAAUAUUUCAAGCUUAUGAACUUCUCAAGAAGCCUGCCCCCGUCGAUCUUUUGGAGAUUAUAUCUAACGAUGCCAUCGCCGAGGUGCUCAGCUCAAUUUCACAAGCCCUUCGCUCCGAGGAGACUAUCGUGCGGCUCAAGGGCACCAAAUGCAUGGGAUACAUAGCGGGUCUGGUCGCGAUGAUGUUUCCAGAGGAGAGCUUGAUUACAGUCGAGAGAAGGGUCAUACUUGAAGGACCCCGCAAGUCCGUUAUAGUAGACAUCACUACCGACCAUCCAAAUCAGCCUUUGUGUAUUUCGUUUGAGACUAUCUUAGGGCGCCCAGGAAGACUGCAAGGCAUUGAAUUGCCUUUUAGAAAUCACUUUUUUUUUCUACCGGAUUCAUGCGAGAAUAUGUCCUUUCACUGGCGAGGUUGGUUAAGCGCAACGCUCCAACUGAACCUGUGCCAGAUUGGAGUAUCCUGCGGCACAGAACUAUUGAAAGCAAUUGGGCAGCUACUAUUAACGUUUCCUGCUCUAAGUAACUCAACGGGAGAACUUUUCCAGAAAAAAUUCGAUUUUGGUCAUCCUUUUCCUGGCUCUCCAUUCAAUCCUCUGAUGAGCCUUCUCGGUCAAUUCCCAGAGGACUUGAUGUUGAAAAGGUGUAACGAGAUCCUCAACAUCUCACUAGUGAAAACAGAAUACAAAGAUCCGGAUGAUGCAUUCUCAGCACUAAUCAACACUGCAUUGCAAGCUGCUACUGUCUCUCAUGUCAAAUGCGUAUGCACACAUGAUUGCGCUUUAUACUGCGAUUUGAUCGAGGUUUGGGCAUAUAUGAAAAGCGGCGCUGAUCGAGAGGAAGAGGAAGCAUUCAUUGAUUGCCCUAUUGGGUACUUUUGGUAUACUCUUGGUCGCUGCGUUAAUGCCGGUUUGUACAGUCUGUUUAUUGAUGCAAGAGACAAUGCUUGUGUCAGCCAAUGUGAUAUUCUUUCUGCGGCACCUUCAGACUUUGCACCCGCAACAUCAUUUCUGGUAGCGACUUCGAAGAGAGUGCCCGGACAUCCCCUAUACCGGAGUGGAAGAACAGCUCCAGAAGACUAUGGCUCAAGCCAGCUCAUACUCGCCUCUCAACGCAACGGCAGUAUCCUUUUCCCCUCAACUCUUUACUCCCUAGAACUUUGUGUUCCAACAACGCGCCCUCUUUGGAUACUUGCUGACGGAUAUAUAAUCUCCAACGGCCAUCUCUACAGGAGUAUGUUGGCCGAAAUGACUCUCAACCGAGCCUCAAAGGAGCGGCUGCUUAAGAAGCGAGAGGUGAUUGUUCCGUCAAGCGUUGAUGUACCCCAGAGUGUACUUGUCACAAGUCUCGAGUUCCCUGACUAUCUUAGACUUUGCGUCACAGCGCGCAUUUCUGGAGAGGACGUGCCACUAAAUGUUUACAAUGCCAUCGAUGCAUCUCUGCGAGUCCGCAGGUCUCUUCCUUGCAGGCAUGACCCUAACACGCCUCUUGUUGUCUCAGACAUGCCUGGUCGAGUCUUUACGCUUCCUGUUCAUGGGAUAGCGAUCGGUGAUAGACGGCGCAGACCAUAUUUAGUUAUCAUGCAGACCAAAGGAGACCCUACAGCACAACUGUUUGCCUGCAUCAAGGCAUAUAAUACUAUGAUACUGCACCGAUGCUGCCUUAGUUGUGCUACAAAGCAGCUUGGAUUCUCUGAUGAGUUGAGCAAGGGUAGGACAUCUAGCAAAGGUGGAAGAUAUAUGAUUAUCGUAUCCUAAGAAGAUGGCAAUUAGCUUUUUUGGGUCCUCAAACAACUUGUUAAAAGUCUUUCCUUACCUGUUUCAUUCAAGAGCGUCGAAGGGAACCCCAACACAGCACAAGUGCAAGUCGAAAACGUGAUUUGAAUCCCUUUAUAUUGCAGUGUGUAUUCAGUCGUGUCAUAUCUCGUGUCAAGGACUAAGAUUGAAGUAACAAAAGUAAACGAUAAGAGGAGUGCUUGAAUGUGCUCAAAAGGAGAUACUAGGAGAAUGCCAAGAGGAGAGACAAGCUUCCAUGAGUGCUCCGACACAUGCAAAUAAAACCCCCCAAAUGGAUUAACUGAUAAAACAACAGAGGCCCGCGAAGUGUAGAUGCCAUGAUUGAAGGGAAGAAAAACAAAAGACGCUCCGCUUUUAUUCCAAAACUUCAAAAGUAAAUUCCCACACAAGGUCCAAUCCGGACAAGACACCAACGUGUGACCAUACUCCAAAAGAACAAGGGAAA